AUGUACUUGAUCAGUGUCUUUGGAAACCUGCUCAUCAUCCUGGCUGUCAGCUCUGCCUCCCACCUCCACACGCCUAUGUAUUUCUUUCUCUCCAUCCUGUCCUUUGUGGACAUUUGUAUCACCUCUACCAUCAUCCCAAAGAUGUUGGUAAAUAUACAGACACAGACUAAAAUUAUAACCUAUACAGGAUGCAUCAGCCAGAUCUAUUUUUCCACACUCUUUGCAGGCUGGGACAACUUUCUUCUGGCCGUGAUGGCCUAUGACCGCUUCGUGGCCAUCUGUCACCCCCUGCACUACACGGUCAUCAUGAACCCCCGGCUCUGUGGACUGCUGGCUCUGGUGUCCUGGAUCACGAUUGUCUCCUUAUUUUAUUGCACGGUCCUGGAAGGGUACCUUAUCUCCUCUGCUACCCAGAACUCCCACUCAAGUGCAACAGCCUCAGUGAUGUACACGGUGGUCACGCCCAUGCUGAACCCCUUCAUCUACAGCCUGAGGAACAAAGACAUAAAGGGGGCUCUGAGGAGAUCCUUCGGGAUGGCAGGGACAAAAGGGACCAUCGUCCUGCUGGUGAAGAAGUGCCCUUGA